CUACAGGAGAUGAGCAGAGACUGCAGACAUAGUACAGGAGAUGACCAGAGACUGCGGACACAGUACAGGGGAUGACCAAGAGACUGCAGACAGUACAGGAGAUGACCAAGAGACUGCGGACAGUGCAGGGGAUGACCAGAGACAGUGGACAUGGUGCAGGAAAUGACCAGAGACUGCGGACAGUGCAGGGGAUGACCAGAGACUGCAGACAGUACAGGAGAUGACUAGAGACUGCAAACUGUACAGGAGAUGACCAGAGACUGUGGACAGGAGAUGACCAGAGACUGCAGACACAGUACAGG